AUGGGCAUUCUGGUAGAUGAACAGACCCGGGUGGUGGUGCAGGGCAUUACUGGACGGGAGGGGCGAUUCCACACCCAGGCCUGUAUGGCCUACGGCGCUAACGUGGUCGCAGGCGUCACCCCCGGCCGGGGAGGCCAGACGGUCGAAGAGACCGUCCCUGUUUUCGACACUAUGGAACAGGCCGUGGCAGAAACCGGCGCCAAUGUUUCCUUGAUUUUCGUGCCUGCGCCGUCCGCGAUGGACGCGGUCGUGGAAGCGGCCGAGGCAGGGAUUCCCCUGGUGGUCUGUAUUUCCGAAGGUGUCCCCGUGUUGGACACUAUCAGGGUGGCUGAAUACCUGAAAACCAGCUCAACCCGCCUGAUCGGCCCCAAUUGCCCCGGACUGAUCAACCCCGGAGCAUCCUGCAAGGUCGUGCUCAUCGGCGAGAUUGGGGGCUCCAUGGAGCAAGAGGCCGCCGAAUACAUCAAGGCCGAAUUCACCAAGCCCGUGUGCGCCCUCGUCGUUGGGGCCACCGCUCCGCCCGGCAAGCGCAUGGGCCACGCCGGGGCCAUGAUAACCGGCGAAAGCGCCACAGUUGAGGCUAAAGUCAACGCGCUGCGGGACGCGGGAGCGGUCAUCAUCCCAACUCCCGCCGACAUUGGCGUCACCGCUCAAUCCUUGAUGGCGGCCACUAUCUGA